GCUGUUGUCAGAAAGGAUGAGAAAUAUUGAACGUAUUGCCACGUUCUUUUUAGUUACGUCAAAAUAUAUAUAGUACAGGAAAAAUAGUUUAGGGUGGAAAACAAAGAUGACUUUAACAUGAAGUGAUUGUUUGACUGAUUCAAUAUUAAAAAAUGCAAAGACGAAGGGGUCGAGAUCCUAUGGACAAUCUUGAACUUGGAAAUCAAAUAAAUUUAUCAGGAUCAAUUCCUAUGCGAAAAUUAACCAGAAUGAAAAUUGUUAAAUACUUAAUUUUGAUUUUAGUAGCAGUACUUAUUCACACAUCUUACAGACUUUUUUGGAAGAGUCACGAAAAUGUUGUAGAUGUACCACAAACUAGACCGACAGUAAAAGAUGAUCACGAGAAACAAGUAGAUGAAGAAAUCGAUGACUUCAAAGCUAGAUCGGGUAACAAUGAACAUUUAUAUCAGGAUUCAUUGAAGGAAGAAAAACAAGAAAUAUCUCGAUUAAAAGAAAAAAGAAAAAGAUAUGAAAGUUUUAAAAAAUCAAUAGACAAAGCUAAAAAUGAAAUUCACAUUGAAAGAGCUGUUGAUACCAACAACAUUGUGGACUUGGACAAAUCAGACCAGUCCAAAGAUGAGAUUAAACAAGAAAAUAAAGACAAUAUAAAACAAGAAAAUACAGACGAUAUAAGACAAGAAAAUAAAGACGAUAUAGUACACUUAGAACAAUUAGAAAUUGUUGAAGAUAAGCAACAAGAGGCAAAAGAAUUGGAAAGAGAACAUAAUAUUGAAAGCAAAAUAGCAGAAAUUUUGGAUGAAGUGAAAUUAGUGUCAGAGGAAAAGAUAGAGGACGGAAUGAAGGUAGAUCUCGUUGCACUGAAGAGGGAAGAGGAAGAGUUGAAGAAGGCAGAGAAAUUCAUUGACAACAAACCAGCCGUAAUACCAUCACCAAACCCAGUUUUCUUGGAGAAAGCAAAUAAAGUCGUCGAAAAGAUGGAAGUGGAAAAUAAAGCCUCUAUGGAUGUGCACGAGGAACAUGGUAUCCCAGAAAUAGUCACUGCAGCAAAUAACAAAGAUUUCGAAGCAGUUAAACAGUUGGUUGUAUCUCUCCAGAAGUUCUAUCCAGAUAAGAAAAUUUACAUUUUUGACCUUGACCUUACAGAUAGACAGAGAAGACAUUUGAUGGCAGCAUGCAAUGUGAGAAUACGAGAGUUUUGGUCAAAUUUGUUCCCUGACUUCGUUUCCGUUUGGAAUCAUUAUCACUGGAAGCCACUUAUUAUUCAGACUGCUUUGGCGGAGUUUGGUCAUAUAAUGUGGAUAAAUCCUGGUUUCGUGGCAAUUUCGCCUGCUAUAAUGGAUGUGUUUAAAACAGCGGCUGAUCAUCAUGUGAGAGUUCUUGGUCAAAAUUCGCCACACACGACACACGCCGUAACCCAUCGUCAGAUGUACAAAUAUUUACCAACAGAUAGAAAGAAAUUGUAUCACACGCCACAUAUGGAAAUAUUUGCCUUAAUUCUUCACAAUUCCGAGAAUGUCAUUGAAAAAUUUAUGAAAUUACUGGUUGCCUGUGCGAUGGAACCAAAGUGCUUAGCUCCACAAUCAGCCAAAUGGAAGUGUGAUUUCGACUUUUCAGGAAAAGAGUAUGCAGAUUGUCAUAGAUACGAUGAAUCUGCUAUAAAUAUUCUCCUUAAAAAUUGGUUUGAUUUUGACAACUCGAAAAUAUUAAAAUCUGGGACCAUCUUUAGACCAUUUGACCGUGAUGAUAGGAUGCGUUUGAAAAUGUGCAGGGAUGAACAUGAUAUGAAAUAGAUUUAGGAGCAAAACACUUAGCAGAGCACUUCUACUUAAAUCACUUUUCAGUUGCUGUUAAUAUAUAUUUAAGACAAUUGUAUAUGGUUUAACAGCAUUUUUAUAAGAUACCAUAACAUUUCUGCUAAACAAACUGUAUGAACAGCUUUUUACAUCUACAUAUAUAUGUUUACAUGUACAUUUACAUGUACAUAUAUAUGUAUGAAGAUUUACAUUUACUUGGAACGUUGAAAGGAUUAUACUACUUAGUGUUUGCUGAUAUAGUUCACUUGUGUGGUAAAACAUUUUAAUAUUUUUCUCCGUGAGAAAAAAAAACCACUGUUAAAACAUACAAACGCUGUUCAGUGUUUUUAGAUGUGUAUUGUGCAAAAUCUUUCAUUUCUUAGCGAAGAGUGACCAAUUCUUCUGUAAAAUGAGAGGUCUAUUUUCUACCUUCUGGGAAAAACACAAUAUCAGCGGUCCAAAGUAGUUAUAUACAUGUGUCGCCUACGUAUUGAAUUUGUAUGACAGCAAGAGUAUUUUGUCAAAUAUCUUGUCCGCUACCACUUCAAUGAUAGAACAUGACUACAGUGACAGACACUACCUUGUCAAAACUAAUAAUGCGAUUACGAAUAUGCGGAUAAUUCCACCAUGGAAUGAGUACUACUGGUCAUUUUCAGGUUACAAAUGAAAUUUCGUUUUUAUACAGGACCAUGUUUUUAUUUGAUUAAAAUACGCCCAAAAUCAAAGGGUCCCAUAUACGCAGUGUGUUAUACUUAACCUUUUUAAACACCUGUUACAAUUUCUGUAAAAGUUCAUGCAUCCCUCCCCCCGCUCCCAAUGGACUCCUCAACCAGUGCCGCUACAUAACGAGUUCUUGCUUUAAUUUUCAUGGCUUCAGUACUCUGCUAGUCUCUAUAUACUGCACACAACCAAAAAUUUUAGUGUGGGACUAACGCAACCGAAAUUUAUUUUUUUUUUAUAAAAAGUCUGCAAAAUAUAAAAUAACAAGUUUUUCGCCUCUUUACGCCUGCUGAUUAAAUUCGGUGUCCCAACUAACCCCUUCUGAUAUGUCCCUCGCCUCUACACAGUACAAAUUUACACAAUUACUUUUUUCACAGUUUUAUUAGAACUGAACGUGUGUAUGUUAUAAACAUUAAGAUUUAUACGUGUUUACUACAACGAUAGGCUUUGCUAUUGAAAGCAGAGACGAGAAGAAAUCAAAUUCCCUUGUCAAUGAUACAUAUAAACGUGCACAAUGUGGGGACGAAUAGAAUGGACCUGUCAGAAAAGAGACUGUCCAUUUGAAUUUUACAAUAUCAGAAUGUUCAUUUAAAAAGUAUGUCAUAUCUAUUAUACAAGCUAUUCAUCUUCUAUAUAUAGACCUAUACGAGUAAGUGAAAACUUAUCUACAGAAAAAUAAUUGCAUAUCGAAAUGAUGAUUUAUGAAAUGAUGUGCCUUAUCAUGGCUUAUUUUUCGGAAUUAAUUAUAUGGGAAACAACCAUGAAGAAGCAAAAAGAUGAUAAAUAUGAUACAAUAUUGACACUAAUCAUACGUAUCAUAUAUAUGCCAUAAUAAAAAUAUAUUGAAUUGGUAGAAAAAAUCCUCAGGUUUCAAUAAUUUCCACUAAGUUUUGGAACUUUUCUCUGGAGGUCCUUCUAAUACUUUCUUGAUGAAAUCUGAAAGUGAAUAAUUACAAUUUCAUAAUAUUAACACUAUCAUUAACAUUUAAAUUAUCCAAACACGAAUGACUUUUGAAACUGUAAUAUCUUGAAACUUACGGAUUGUUUUACAAAUCCACUGAGGCUAUCUGUGUGAACAUCUGGCCACUGGUGGUGACAUAUUGUCUUUGACACAGAAGUCAAUGUAAUUGUGCUAAAACUAAGGCUUAAGAAAAGUAAGAUGAUGUUAGGCUCUUUUGAUUGUUAUGCUCUCAAAGUUUUUUUUCAGUAUUGACUUUCCAAACUUUUUGUCUAGAGCGUGUCUGAUGCCGGGUCAAACUAAAUCGCGUGUUGUGCGCUAUAUGAAAAUCAUUUCCCUAUAUGUUUGUUUUAACAAAGAUAUAUAACGAUAAUUUUUGUUUAAAUAAAAAGAUAACGAAAAAAUG